AUGCGCUUCUACCUGACCACGGUUGCCGCCCUUGCGGCUGGUGCGCUCGCCUCGCCUUUCGGCCCCCUCGCACCGUCAACCUUCGGACCCAUGGCCCCUACAGGCACCAAGGAUCGCCGGGUAGACACUUGGGGCGGAUCGGUAUCAUUGGGCCCCACGAAGAGCACAAUCACCAAGGCAGUGACGACAAUCGUGCCUGGUACCGCACCCUCGACCCAAAACGGCGAGCUGUUCCUUUGGCCCGGUAUGUCGAACGGCACAGGCGACCUCGUCCAGACAACACUCGAGUCCUGGCCGGAUAAUUCAUGGUGCGGGGCCUCAAAGGGGCAAUGGUGCGUGCGUGCGUCGGUCUUUGGCUCGUUCGGCCAGCUCGAUGGGCCGGCGUCCGCCGUCUCGGGCACCGACAAGGUCAAGAUCGUCUAUGAGCUCCAGAGCGAUGGCCAGACGUGGAAGCAGACUGUGACCAACGCCGAUACCGGGGCGGCCCUGAGUACUUAUAGUCACGCGUCCGGUCCUUAUAUGAGGGGGUAUGGCACAGGCACGGAGUGUGACGGGGGUUGCUCUGGCACUACUGCGGCGCAGAAGUACCUCAACACUGUUAUCACGCUGGCCGGCGCGGACACCACCUUCGGCAAUACUAUCGCUACUGCUGCGGGAGGGACGUAUAAGGGUUUGACGUCGAGCAACGGAGGACAGGUCUGGACUAUUGCUGAGAUCGAUAUUCCGGCCAUGGUCUAA